AGACUGUACCUGAACAUUGGGUCCUGGAAGCCGGCGGUGCUAGGACGCCUUCGGGGUCGAACCGAGUGCCUGUGUGGCUUCCUGAGGUACAAUAACAAACCAGGCUGUAUAUUGGGUUGUGGGAGGAGAGAGAGGUAUGUCAGAAGCCUCGAAGAAGCAUCGAUUUUGGGAGAGGCACUUUCAUUUCGGGCGCGGCGGUCUCCUGAGGUUCAUAACACGUUCAGCUGUUCGUGUUGCUCUCCCUAUCCAGAUGCGGACAGCAGGCGUGAGGGGCUUCUUUGCGCUCCGUCAGCAAAAACUGGCGGAACUCCGCAAAGCUAUGGAGAAGGAACGCGCGAAACGUGAAGCCCUUAUGCACUGGUGCAGACGGCGACGUCCCCUCCGUAUCUGGAAGCCGUCUGACUUCAUCACGGACAGCCAUGAACGCUGGUCCGGCAGAGCCCAAGGCGAGGAUCACGGCGGUGCGGUGGGUGGCAGCCGCAGCGCGGUAGGGUGCAGCAGCAGCAGCGGCGGCGGGGGCGCUGCCGUGGCCGGCAUGUCGUGCGGCACUGAUGAGGGCCCCUCCCUGGGGGACGGCGCUUUCAAUGAGGCUGACAGCCACCGCUCCUUCCUGGACGCCCUCAAUGAGUGGAGGAAGGCCAACCGGGGGGACACAACCGCGGAUGGCAGAAUCGAAGCCGCUGCCUCCGCUGCGGUUGUCACGUCCUCCGGCAGCGGUGCCGGUAGCAGUGGCCCGCUGCGGCCCCGUAACAGCGCCCCGCCUCAGUCCUCGUCCUUAGAGGUGCAGACGGAGGCACGGCCGGCGUCACGGCCGUCCUCUGCCAAGCCGCUGUCGUACUUUGACAAACUGGUCAUCAACGCGUCAUCCCGGGUUGCAGGGCACCUGGCGGCUGGAGGUGAGGCAUCUGCCGGGCUCAGGCCCACUUCCGCCGGGCCUACCACGACCACUGCCGCCGCAACCCACAAGGCGUCGCUCGCUGCGGAGGCCUCCACCUUAAGGUCAUCCUCCACUACGAUCACCACAGCUGCCGCUGCCACAGCCGGUGCUUCGCCCGGCCUCAGAACCGACGGGAGCGGCAGCAAGAGCGGUGCCGCCGACCUGCUGAGCAUCCUUGACCGGCUUGAGGCAUUGGAGCGGGAGCGGCAGGCGGCCAGUCACAAAGAGGAUGAGGACGAUGAGGACGGUGUGGCCGCCGCCAUUCGGGUGACCACCGCUACAGGGAUGGUGCUGACCAAAGGCACCCGGCUGCCUGAUGAGGUGCUGAUGCCCCCGAACGAGGGACGCUAA